AUGCCUUCUUCUGCUCCAUUACAAGAUAGGGCUUCAAGGUCGCAGUCCUUGCCUCAACGCAGCUCGUCUCUACGGAGGCCGAAUCUUGUCCAACAACCUGCGAGGCUACAAGAGGCCAACACUGCUGGCUCACCACCAUCAAUGCCACCCCUUGCGUCUGCACCUGUCAUAGACGUCUGCCAUGCUCGAAUACAUAGCAACUCGAAAGGCACCGAGUCAGGUCCUGCCCCAGCCUCAGCACCCGUCCUUGCUGUGCAUCGAAACCACAACCAGCCUAAGGAUGAUACCGUCGUUGAACAGAAUCGAAUACCGAUGUCUUCAGAUUUAGGGCUCGCUCUGCAACAAUGCAGUGAUGCGUUAUAUCGAAGGCGUCAUGCUGCUGAGCCGCGUAGGAGACCUACCGAAGAAAUCCAUCGAGUGAACCCAAGGUCGGACCUCCGACAAGACUCAAUAGAUUUCUGCAGUGCGACUCAGCAGACUCCUACUGUACGCUUCGUGGAUCAGAUCUACCAUGAAUCGAUACCACCAAACUUUGCUGGUCCGAGCAGCUAUGAGCAACAAGCACCACACCAGCAGCUUCUUCUGCACUUGGGAGCCAACGAAGGUCAUCUGGAAACACCAUAUAACGACCAAGAUUAUCUGGAGCAGAGUGAUCCAAUAGGGUACGAUGACCAUGUUUGGGAAGGGCUGCCGGAAGAGCCAACGUCGCAUAGAUUUGAGAGCGGUGUGGAUACCUAUGAGAAUCGUGAAGAUCACGUCGAAAUGAUGGGAAACCCUGUUCAGGAUUCGAGACAAGUCAACGACACCGUGGCUCCUGGGUUUUGGCGGCCGAAUAAGCUGUACUGA